AUGUUAUCUAUAAUAAUGGUGAGAUUCAUAAUAAAUUCUCAUCCUGCUUGGAACGAAUACUUAUUGCCGAUAUUAUAAAUUUAUAUAGCUUAUAUAUGGAAUUUAGACAACUUUUUUCCAACAACUACCGAAGAUCCAAAUUAUGAUUACGACACCAGCUAUGAGUACAACUGGUACUAUGGAUUUCAGGCAUUCUACUUUCAUUUUGGUAAUUAAUAAUAAAAAGUAUUAAAGCAAUACUGCAACUUGGCUAUUAAAUAUGGCCCUAAGCUGUUGCACUGAUUGUUAUAUACACAUAAUAUGUCUCUUAUUAUCCUACAGAGACUUUGGAAUAUUCAGCAAUGUGCUUGACUAUAUUUUUGGUAUUUAUUGGGCUGUUAGUAAUGAAGUACACUAAUGAAAACAUAAAGCGACUGUAAUUUAGAGAUAGUAGAGAAUAGAAUAGAUGGAUUAAGAUUAUAGAUUAAGUGUUAGAGUAAUCUAUUGUUGUUAUUAAGUUUGAUCAUAAGUAAGAUUAAUUAAUACUUUAACAAAUAAAUGAUAUAUCAAAAAAAAGAUUGAAAAUUUAAAAUAAUAUCGAAUUAAGGGAGAUGCUUAGAAAUGUAUGAUGAUGAUUAUUCUUUAGAUGAUUAUAGAGAAUACACAUAUGGAGAGAGAGGAGAUCAAAUAGAAAAACUUGGAACAAGAGAUUAGAGAUCUCAUUAUAAAAAAUGAUCAAUAUAGAUUCAUUACCCAUUAAGUAGAUGUUCAAUCGAAUGUUUUGAAUAAGGAAUAUAAAGUGAAGUUGAUACAAUAAGUGUUAUAGGACGAAUACUGUGUAAUUGCAAUUUUUGAAUAAAAUUUAAAAAAUGAAACUCACAAACUCCAAUUAGAAGUCAGAUGUAAAGAAAAUAUCUUUUAAUUUUUAUUAAAGUAAUUCUUUUAAUAAAUGAAAACUGCAAGUACUAGGUUAAAAAUUCUCUACUCUAUGAUCAACUUUUAACAAAUUCGUUUAUUACUUAAUAAUAAUAAUGAAAAUCUUAAAUCUAUGUAAAGUUGGGUUUCGACAUCCUUAAUAAGGAAUUAGAUGAACAUAAUAUUUUCUAAGAAAGUCAAAGUUUCAAUAAAGAAAGAUUUGCAAGGGUUUGUAACUAACUAAGUUUAUCUAUUCAGUAUAUUAAUGAGUAUCUCAUAAAUCUUCGAUGAAUUUCAUCACAUGAAAAUUAAAGGAAAAUAAGUCCUUGAUGUUUAGAGAGUCAAAUUAACUUUGAUAGGAAGGAUGAAUGAUGCUCUGUCCUUUCAAAAGUUACUGAAACAAAACUUAAAUUUAAGCUAGUCAUUUACACAAAAUUAAAAGAUUAUUUUGAAGCAUCUCUAGAAAAUAAUAGCAAAUAAGAAGAUAGAGACUCAAGAGAAAAAUUAGUUACUAUCAAUAUAUUUAAACAAAUUUUUAUUAUGGGAAGGAUUUAGAGAAAAGCAUUUCAGUCUUAAGACAAAAGAGAUGAUACAUUUGUCUUUUGAAUUUGAAGUUUGA